UCCCUGUUCCUGCACUAGUCUCCAUCUCCCAGCAGAAGGCGCAGCCAUGAAUCCGUUAUUCGGCCCCAAUCUCUUCCUCCUCCAGCAGGAGCAGCAGGGCCUGGCCGGGCCGCUGGGGGACCCCCUGGGAGGUGACCACUUGGCCGGAGGCGGGGACUUGCCUCCGGCGCCGCUAGCCCCGGCCGGCCCGGCUCCCUAUUCGCCCCCCGGGCCGGGCCCGGCGCCCCCCGCCGCCAUGGCGCUCCGCAACGACUUGGGCUCCAACAUCAACGUGCUCAAGACCCUGAACCUCCGCUUCCGCUGCUUCCUGGCCAAGGUGCACGAGUUGGAGCGCCGCAACCGGCUGCUGGAGAAGCAGCUGCAGCAGGCGCUGGAGGAGGGUAAGCAGGGCCGGCGGGGCCUGGCUCGCCGCGACCAGGCCGUGCAGACCGGUUUCAUCAGCCCCGUCCGGCCCCUGGGGCUGCCCCUGGGCUCCCGGCCGGCCGCAGUCUGCACCCCGUCGGCGCGGGUGCUGGGGUCGCCCGCGCGCUCCCCGGCCGGCCCCCUCGCGCCCUCCGCGGCCUGCCACCCAGCGCCCUCCACCUCCGCCUCCACCGCCUACUCCUCGUCGGCCCGCUUCAUGCCCGGCACCAUCUGGUCCUUCUCUCACGCCCGCCGGCUCGGGCCGGGACUGGAGCCCACGCUGGUGCAAGGGCCUGGCCUGUCGUGGGUGCACCCCGACGGGGUGGGCGUCCAGAUCGACACCAUCACCCCCGAGAUCCGCGCCCUCUACAACGUGCUGGCCAAAGUGAAGCGGGAGCGGGACGAGUACAAGCGGAGGUGGGAAGAGGAGUACGCGGUGCGGCUACAGCUGCAGGAGCGCGUGGACGAGCUCCAGGAGGAAGCCCAGGAGGCCGACGCCUGCCAGGAGGAGCUGGCCAUGAAGGUGGAGCAGCUGAAGGCCGAGCUGGUGGUCUUCAAGGGGCUCAUGAGCAACAACCUGUCAGAGCUGGACACAAAGAUCCAGGAGAAGGCCAUGAAGGUGGACAUGGACAUCUGCCGCCGCAUCGACAUCACCGCCAAGCUCUGCGAUGUGGCUCAGCAGCGGAACUGCGAGGACAUGAUCAAGAUGUUCCAGAAGAAGCUGUCUCUGCACUUGUCUCCCAUUAAGGUCCCGUCCAUGGGGGGGCGGAAGCGGGAGCGCAAGGCUGCCGUCGAGGAGGACACCUCCCUGUCAGAGAGUGACGGGCCCCGCCACCCCGACGGGGAUGAGGAGGAGAGCGCGGCCCUGAGCAUCAACGAGGAGAUGCAGCGCAUGCUGAACCAGCUGAGGGAGUAUGAUUUUGAGGACGACUGUGACAGCCUGACUUGGGAGGAGACGGAGGAGACCCUGCUGCUGUGGGAGGAUUUCUCAGGCUAUGCCCUGGCCGCCGCAGAGGCCCCGGGAGAGCAGCCGGAAGACAGUUUGGAGAAGGUGAUUAAAGACACCGAGUCCCUGUUCAAAACCCGGGAGAAAGAAUAUCAGGAAACCAUUGACCAGAUAGAGCUGGAGUUGGCCACGGCCAAGAACGACAUGAACCGGCACCUGCACGAGUACAUGGAGAUGUGCAGCAUGAAGCGGGGCCUGGACGUGCAGAUGGAGACCUGCCGCCGGCUCAUCACCCAGUCUGGGGACCGAAAGUCUCCUGCUUUCACUGCGGUCCCGCUUAGCGACCCGCCGCCACCGCCAAGCGAGGCUGAGGACUCCGAUCGCGAUGUCUCAUCUGACAGCUCCAUGAGAUAGGGACCUCGCACAGCGGGGCCCUGCUGGGACUCACCGAGCCUGGCCCCUGGGACCGGGCGCUCCCCCUGGCUUCCUCCCCUGGUCCUCGGCCUCUCUCGGGUCCUGGGGUGCCUGGAGCGAGGCUCAGCCCGCCCUUCCCGGGUGACUCCCUGCACAGCUGGCUGUCCUCCUUCAUGCGUGGGUGUCCGCUACUUUCCCAUCUUUAAAAUGCUGCCAGAGUGCUCGCGACCCUCACCCCGUCCUCUGAGUAAGGAGUGUGAUUGUCGGCUCUUCCUUCCACCCCGGUGGCCUUGAGCCAGCUGACAGUCCUGAUUCUGUUCUGGUGCUCACUGGCCCAGGUGCUGGUAACGGCCUGAGCAGCGGGAGAGGGCGUCCCUCUGUGUCGCAGGGGCAUGGAACAGGACUGGGCGGCUCUCUGCCCAUGGACAGUGGAGUGACGCGGCCAUGACCCUUCCCUCGUGGAAGUGCCAUGCGUCUAGGCAGUCUCUGGGGCCGAUGGGGUGCAGUAGCAUGAGGGGACAGGAGCUCCUGCAGUCUCCCAGUCACUGCCGAGGGACGGAGAAAGGUGCGCGCGAGCGUGUGUGGGCGCAUGUGCGCUCCUGUUCUCGGGGGUCUCAGUUUCUUCAAGCAUCAACCGAAGAUGCACCUCCUCCUCCUCCUCCUCGUCUGACACACGCCGAGUGAGAAGGUGGCCCAGACUCAGAAAAGCUUGGAGAAACUGGGGAGACGUGACUGAGGGUACCUCGGCCUUGCUGGCUGAGGCAGGCUGUGCUGAACUGAUGUUUGAAUGGAAUCUAAUCCUAAUGAAACUGGCGAGUAUUUAUUGAA